AUGGCGAGCGGCCUGGUGACGGCUGCCUGUCUGGAGUCUGACACGAUGGCACCGGAGCCGGAGCCCGAGCCGGAGCCCGCGGGCUGGACCCCCGAGGAGCAGCCGGCCAGCGGAGGGAAAGGUUUGCUCCAGGAUGAGGACUCCUGCAGUGAUUGUAGCAAUUAUGUUAAGGCAGCUACUAGUUUACACAGUUUCAUUCUAGAAGGUAAAACACCUUUCCCAGAAAUUUUCCAAACAAGUCAACUUUUGUUCUAUGAGCGAUUCAGAGCCUAUCAAGAUUACAUUUUAGCUGACUGCAAGGCCUCUGAGGUAAGAGAAUUCACAGCUGAGUUCUUGGAGAAGGUCCUCGAACCGUCGGGAUGGCGGGCAGUCUGGCACACUCAUGUGUUCGAGGUGCUGGUCGAGGUCACAGACGUGGACUUCUCUGCACUGAAGGCGGUGGUGAGGCUUGCUGAGCCAUACCUCUGUGAAUCUCGAGUGAGCACUUUUACCUUGGAGUGUAUGAAUGAGCUCCUUGAUCUGAAGGAGCACCGGUUGCCCCUGCAGGAGCUGUGGGUGGUGUUUGAUGAUUCAGGAGCGUUUGACGAGACAGCCCUUGCAAUCGAGCAUGUCAGGUUUUUCUACCAAAACAUUUGGCGGAAUUGGGAUGAAGAAGAGGAAGAUGAGUAUGAUUAUUUUGUCCGAUGUGUUGAACCUCGAUUGAGAUUGCAUUAUGACAUUCUUGAAGACCGUGUUCCUUCAGGACUAAUUGUUGACUAUCGGAAUCUGCUGUCACAAUGUGAGGAGAGUUACAGAAGGUUUUUAAAUCUGAGGAGCAGUUUGUCAAAUUCUAACUCUGAUUCUGAGCAGGAAAACAUCUCUAUGGUGGAAGGGUUAAAACUAUAUUCAGAGAUUGAACAGCUGAAACAGAAGCUGAAACUCAUUGAGAAUCCUUUGCUGAGAUAUGUAUUCGGUUACCAAAAGAAUUCUAAUAUCCAAGCGAAAGGUGUCCGUGUGAGUGGCCAGAAGGUAGCCCAUGUGGUCUCCUCUACCAUAAGGACUGGCCUACUGCAAUCUCUGCUCAGGGACAAGCUUUGUCAGGAGUCCUGUAGGGAAGACAUAGAAAUUCAGUUCCAUCAUGAUCCACUGUCUGCGAUAAAUUCCUGCUAUGAAGGCGACACUGUUAUUGUGUGUCCUGGCCAUUACAUUGUCCAUGGCACGUUCUCCAUUGCGGACUCCAUUGAGUUGGAAGGAUAUGGUCUACCAGAUGAUGUUGUGAUCGAAAAGAGGGGCAAAGGAGACACUUUUGUGGAUUGUACAGGUGCAGAUAUUAAAAUCUCAAGUUUAAAAUUUGUUCAGCAUGGUGCUGUAGAAGGAAUCAUAAGCAUUCACCGUGGCAAGACUACAUUAGAAAACUGUGUACUGCAAUGUGAAACUACAGGAGUUACCGUAAGAACAUCAGCAGAAUUAUUAAUGAAGAACUCAGAUUUAUAUGGUGCCAAGGGUGCUGGUUUAGAAAUAUAUCCAGGGAGUAAGUGCACCUUGAGUGACAAUGGGAUCCAUCACUGCAAAGAAGGGAUACUCAUUAAGGACUUCUUAGAUGAGCAUUAUGACAUUCCCAAAAUAACUAUGGUGAAUAAUGUCAUACAUAAUAAUGAAGGUUAUGGCGUUGUCUUGGUGAAACCUACGAUUUUCUCUGACCUGCAAGCAAAUGCCCAAGAUGAAACUGAAGGAAAUAAAGUGCUUAAAAUUCAGACAAGUGGAGAGGUAGAUGCAGAUGAAAAAGUGGAUUUUGAAGAGAUAAUUCAAUGUGCAACAGAUAAAAUGGAGCUUUAUGCAAGAACUGACUUUUCUGAUCAAGUUGAAGGCAAUUGUGAAAUCAUAAAUGAACUAGUUGCUGCCUCCACAAAGAAAGGCCAGAUGAAGAAGAAAAGGUUGAGUGAACUGGGAAUCACAGAAGCUGAUGACAACCUCAUGUCCCAGGAGAUGUUUAUUUCUAUUGUGGGAAACCAAUUCAAGUGGAACGGGAAGGGGAGCUUUGGAACAUUUCUUUUCUGACCACUAUAAUGCGACUAGAUAUCAAAAUAUUGGAAUUGCAUGUGCUGCCCUGAGACCACUGCUGCUAUCAUAGUUGGCUUCAUGUCUACGUUUUCUAUUCAGUGUGCUCACUUGGGUUUGCGUGUAAUGUAGAUUUAUCUCUGUCUGCAGAUAUUGCACAGACAAGACUCCUCCUUUACAAGAACGGUCAUGAAAACAUGUAAUAGAAACUAUUUGGUGAUUUUCUUAAAGCUAGGAAGCCUUGCUUUCCUAAACACAUAUUUCUCUUAUAUUAAGCUUAUUUAUAACUCUCCAGUGUAAAUACACUUUAAUCUAGUCUCUUCACAGAGGAGCAAGGGCAGGAAUGAACCAAGAGUGCACAAAAAUAAGUGUCAAAUAUGGUGUUCUUCUCGUAGUUGUCUUUGUAUCCAAUUACAGGGAGUCUGAUUUCUAAGCAGUAUUUGCAUAAUACUUGUCUUAAAAUAAAAGCUUUUAUGAUUGGGAAGUUAUCUGUCUAAUCAGACUUAUUAUUCAGAAUCUGAGUGGGCUGCAUUUUUAUGUUAAGCUAUGCAGUCAUUAAAACAGUAAUAGAUAGCAUUGAAGGUUUGAAACAGAAAAUGAAAUGGAUUGUUCAGAGCCAGUACCUAUGUAAGGCAUUUUCUUUAUUGAUGAAUAUGAAUGAUUGCAAUGAAGGUGUUUUUCUUUCACUUGAACAGCUUCUGAUCAGAUUUCUUUGCUUACAAAGUCAAACUGAUUACUUAUACAACCUGUAUUAGCUACAUGUUCUUGAUAUAUUAUAAAACACAGCCACUAAAAGUAUUUAUAUUAAAAAAUAUAUAUGUGAUAAUAAUGUGCCUACUGAUUAAAAUUAUACUGAUGAAUUAUCAA